AUGAGUGAUUAUGAUGGAAACUUUAUGGAUGAUCUGUCUCCACUAUCCAGUCCUAACAUAAGAGGGCUAAUAGCAAUGCUGGAUCAAAACAACAAUGAUCGAAAUCCGAUAAGCGAGACCUUUCCUGAAACCAACUUAUCAACUAAUCCUCAGUCUGAGCAAAGAUCUGGUUGUCUCCGUGAGAGUUUGGCUGCAAGACGAGGUUUUGAUAUUCCACCACUCGAGAUAGGGAGCGUCAGUCCAUUUGCUAAUUCUUUCAGGAACCCAAUUCUUGUUCCUUCUCCUAUCCUCGUAAUAUCUCCAGGAUUCCGUAGUCCAUUGUUGCAAUCACCAAAUAUAUUCUCUAACUCUUCUUCACAGAUUAUUCCUCCUUGUCCAAUCCCUAAUGGCGCGCCUCCGGAGAUGGUGCAAAUUUCAAGUGCCGGCGAUCAAACAAUGAUUAUACCCAACAACAAUCAUCCUCAAGGAGUUGUUGUUGAAACCGAUGUUAUGAACCACAUAUCCCUUGAAAAUGGUUGUGAAGAAGAUGACAUGGACAGAGAAUAUAACCAAGAGAAAGACAAAGUUGAAGAUCACAACGUUGUUGUUGAACCUUCAUCCCGAAAGAAAAGAAAAAUGGUGGUAUCAAACAUGAUGGGAGUCACAAGACAAAACGGUACCGACAUGGUCAUAAUUCAGGUGGAAAGUGAAGAAGACCAUCCCGACGAUGGUUUUCGCUGGAGAAAAUAUGGUCGAAAAGUUGUCACAGGGAAUGCAAAUCCAAGGAGUUACUAUAGAUGCACAUACACUGGGUGUAAGGUGACGAAACAUGUGGAGAGAAGCGCAGCUAGUAUGAAGUUAGUGGUAGCUACAUACGAUGGGAUACAUGAGCACGCUCCACCACCUGAACGCAUAAAAAAAUCUGGAACAAAGAAUCAAUCUGGUUCAUCAAUGUCUCAAGAUCCUAGCAAUCAAACCCUCGGAUUGGGCAGGCCACAUUAUUCCUCUUCGGCCUCUCAGCUUUUCCCUUCUGCCUUGGCCCCACAAAUGGAUAUGACACAGUUCCAUUUCUAUGGACUCUCUAAGCUGCCAAGUUUACCAGUUAAAAAGAAUCAUGAACGGAAGAUUGAUCAUGUGAUACCCGACGGUACAGAGGUAUUCAAGGUGAUAUGGGAGCAACUAUUUGGUUAG